CUUCUUAGUUGUAGCUCGGACAAAUUAACAAAUUUAGUGCGAACUGUAUUCCUUAGAGAUACUUUAAAGUGUACCGGCAUAUGUCAGAAGUUCGGUUUAGAUUUUAAAAGUACAAAGACUAUAGAAUUUAGUGAGGAGCGUGUAGCAUACAUGAACGCUUUAUUUCCGCCAAAAUAUUUGGCCGCGUUGUGUAACAUUCUCGCUAUUAAAGAAAAGAAGGUCGUUCUGAAUACGAGUUUUGAGUCUGAAUUAAAUGUUACCACAAAUAUAACCGUCGACGAAUCGCCUCAAAAUCAUAGUGAAACCAACAGCGAACAAGAUGUCAAAUUAAUUGCAGUAAACACAGUCAGUGACAAAGAUGAUGAAAAAACAUUGACAUUAGAAGAGAAACCUACAGUACCUGAAGAAAAGAAUGAUAGUACUCCUAUAGAUAUAAAAGAAGAUAAAAAAGAUGAUAAUAAAGAUGAAUCUAAUGUGGUAGUUGAAGACACGGUAGUGCUAGUUUCCCAAGAAGACAUAUUACCCGAUAGCAAAGUUGAAACUGCAGAAGCAGAGAAACAGGAUAUAUUGAAAACAGAUACGAAAUACAGUAAACCGGAAAUAUUGAUAGAAAAAACCAAAGAUUCGUCAAAUAAUGCUGAGGAUAUAAGUGAACCCGUAGUUUCUAUUGACGGUGACAGCUUUAUAUAUUUAUUUUGA